AUGUCAUUGGAGCUGGGACAAUCCCUUGUCCAGGUGUCACCAUUGGCAAAAGCAGAGGACCUCCCACUCCCUGGACCAGAUGCUGCCCCUCAAGGGGAACUCUCCAGCCCUGAAGCGGCCCGGCAGCUUUUCAGACAUUUUCAAUACCAGGUGCUUUCUGGGCCCCAGGAGACCCUGAGGCAACUUCGGAAGCUCUGUUUCCAGUGGCUGCAGCCAGAGGUUCACAGCAAAGAGCAGAUCCUGGAGCUCCUCAUGUUGGAGCAGUUCCUGACCAUCCUGCCUGGGGAGAUCCAAAUGUGGGUGCGCACACAACACCCCAGCAGUGGAGAGGAGGCUGUGACGCUAGUAGAGAGCUUGAAGGGUGAUCCUCAGAGACUGUGGCAGUGGAUCAGCAGCCAGGUUCUAGGACAGAAAAGCUCAACUGAGAAGGUGGAAUCUGCAAGCUACCAAGUGAGGGAGGGAGAGGCCAGUCUUGAAGUGGUGCCUCAGGAGCUGGGACUUCAGAAUUCAGCUUCAGGGCAUGAGGAACAGCUGAGACACAUCAUCAAAGAGGAACCUGACACUGAGUCGGAAUUAGUGAUGGCAGCUCCCCAGCUUCUUGCCAGACCUGAGGAAAGGCUUGUCAGCAGCCAGCACUCUGGAGUCUCCCUUCUCCGAGCGUCAUCUCAGAAACAAUGGAGGAACUUAGAUUCUACUGAGAAGGAGCACUACUGGAACCUCAUGCUGGAGACCUAUGGGAAAAUGGUCUCAGGAGGCAUUUCCAAUCCCAAACCUGACCCAGCUAAUUCAGCAGAGUAUGAGGAAGAGCUGGCAAGACUCCCCUUUCAUGCCAGUGAGAAGAUCCCAGCAUCUACUUGCAGUGGAGACAGACAGGAAAAUGGCAAAGAUAACCUAAACUUGGAAACCUCUUGGGACCAGAAGCCUCCAGAUGCCCCUUGUCAUAUUUCAGGAGAGCCCCAUCCUCAGGGAUCUUUGAAUGGCUUCUUUGGUGAGAAUGAACAGAGAUGCUCUGGAGAAGGAGAUUAUCUCCCUAAGAUGGAAGGACACCUCCAAGGUGAAGAGAGAGGGCAGCAGCUCUCUCCUCAGGAAAGAGUUUCUGGGAAACAGCUGGACCAGCAUUUGCCUGAUUCUCAUGCAGGAGAUCUGUCUGUGCUAUGUCAUGAGGAGAAGCAAGAAGCCCCCCAGAAGGACCAGCUGAGACCUCCCUUGACCCCAAAAAUACCCACCUGCAAAGAGUGUGGGAAAACCUUUUAUAGGAAUUCUCAGCUUGUAUUCCAUCAGAGAACUCAUACUGGAGAGAUGUAUUUUCAGUGCCCCACCUGUAAGAAAGCGUUUCUACGGAGUUCAGAUUUAGUGAGACAUCAGAAAAUUCACACAGGAGAGAAGCCUUGCAAGUGUGACCAUUGUGGGAAAGGCUUCAUUGACUCUUCUCGAUUACGCCACCAUGAGAAAGUCCACACAGGAGAGAAACCGUAUAAAUGUCCUUGGGCGCGUGAGGCAGCGACCGGGAGCUGGUUGGCAGCUCUGGCAGCCAAUCGGAGUCUUCGCUCCGCCCCUCCGCUGCCGCGCGCCCGCCCGAGCGGCUCACGCAGUCUCCCGGAAGUGCUCCCGGAGCGGUUCCGCGGGCUGAGGUGA